GUGUCGCUCGAGCACCACGGGUCACUGUCGAGUUGUGGCGAGUACCGAGCGCUCCGAGCGUCGCCGUCUGCGUCCUAAUAGUGCCAGGGGCCGAGCCGCCCUCGUCCCAGUGAACUAGUGUCGCGAGUGACAGCGAGUGGGUGAUCACCUCACAGGAGCACCGCCCGCGGGACGGACCCGCCGACCGUCCCCGCGGCCUCCACACCCUGCUUCAUAUCGUUGACCGUGCAGGCGAGUGGCGCAUGGCGCGGGCGGGCGUCGCGGCGCGGGGGGCGCGGUGAGGCCCGCGGUCCGCGGUGAUGUACGGCGCCUACUACCCUUACCUAUACGGCCGCGGCGCCGCGCGCUCCUUCCACCACGCGCCGCACUUCCAGUACGACAGGUUGAACGUGCAGAGUGCCAGCAAUGGCGAGUACGGCGCGGGGGCCGCGCUCAGCACGGGCUCGGCGUCGUCGGGCGCGCAGUCCCCGAGCUCGCCGCCGCACGCGCACGCACACGGACACGUGCACGGACACGCGCACCCAGCGCACCACGUGCACCCGCACCCGCACCACCCACACCUCGCGCACGUGCAUGCCGCCCAUCACUCGCCGCGCCUGCGCACCAAGGAGGAGGACCUCUCAGCGCACGGCCGAGCCAGCGCCGAUGGUGGCGCGUCAUCUGAGUCGGAUGGCGAGUGCGGCGCGGCUGGCGCGGGCGGCAGCGGUGCGCGUGCGCGUGCCCAGUACGUCAGCGCUAACUGCGUCGUGUUCACACACUACUCCGGCGACGUGGCGGCCGUCGUUGACGAACACUUUGCCCGAGCGCUCUCCAUCGACAAACCCAAGGAUAUGGUGCCGCUGUCGUCCCGCAACCUGCCGGCGUCGUUCUUCAACGCUGCCGCGGCACCGCCCUGCGCCGGCCUGGAGCUCUACGACUACGACCCCUGGCAUCAGCACUACGCCGGGUACGGUCACGCAGCACACCGGCACGCGGCUGAGUACCACGCGGCCGCGGCGCAUCACAACAUGGCGGCGGCGGGCUACGGCGGCCUGUUGCUGGGCCGCUCCUCGCUGCACGCGCAGUACAAGCCCGUGGAGUGGGGCGCCCCUCACCCCGCGCAUGCGCACGCGCAGCUCGACCCCGCCGCCUGCUCGCCCUACUACCCACCACCCGGUCUGGAGGCGCAGGUGCAGGACACGUCUAAAGACCUGUACUGGUUCUGAGCCGGGGGCGCCACCGCUACCACCGCCCACUCUCACACUAGACGCGCUACAGAGGCUGUAAGAGACGCCGGUUGUAAACGCCGCGCGUACUGCCACGAGCUCCGGGCGGGGUCCGAGUGGCCGCGGGCGCUCGACACACGCGCCACGCCCGCAUUCACAUACAGACGGUGGACGUAGUGUGGGGACGGAAUCUACCGAGUGGCAUAAUAUAUAAGAAGCUGUUAUAUCAUAAUGUUGUGGUGCAAUAUACUAUGUGAUAGGACGUCUGUGAUACUCGCAGUGGGCCCCCGCGGAAGGCGUUAGGAGUGGUGCCGUGCCAGUACAGUGCAGUGGCGGUGCCGCGACCGUGUCGUGUCUUCUCUUCACUGAAUCAACGUGGGAUUCCCCUUCGCAUUAUCUGUCGGUUUUCACUAUCACCAGUCUCACAUGCUUUUCUUAUUCUUUGAAUUUCUGUUUUUGUUUUGACUUUACAUUAUUAUUUUUUUAAUUAUUUCUUAUUUUUUUAUUAUUUAAUUUUUUAGGCUAGCCUGCACCUACUUAGCGCUGUUUAGUCUUGACCCAUAUUCCAGUUUUUCACCGAAAUAGACUUAACUUGUAAGUAAUUAUUCAAACAAAACAGAUAAAACUGAACUCAUGCUCUACAAAUAAAAUUAAUAUUAUAAUAUACUGUAUACCUACAAUACAAACAUAAUAUUAUGUAUAUAGCAACCCUAAUUGCCGUCUAUAACGUGCCGUACUGUUGUCACUACUUCGGAUAACUCAAAAUUCAUUCAUAAGGCAUUUUUCAUUUGUUUAUACGUUGAAACCUUGAAUAUUUCGACCGAAAACGAUCUCGGUCGUUAAUAUUUACCUUUAAACAAACUAUCCGACAGCUUUUAACAAAAUAUACUUAUAUAUAAUACCUAAGUAAUCUCAAACAGAGUUACAUAUUUAUCCGCGUUCAAUUCAUAACAUUGAUAUUUACAAUUUAUUUGCUAUUAAAUUUUGCAAUUAAUCAAACAAUUAAAAUAAUUUGUAACCUAUACUCGGGUACAGUGCGAUUCCACGCGUUCGGAGAGUGAGGAGUGAGGUGUAUGUACGCGGUGAGUGCGGUGAGGUCGGUCGCGUGUUGUAGCGAUUACGUGUAAUAUGUGUGUAUAUAUACAUAUAUAUAUAUAUAUAGUGUAGAAUGAGUUAUGUACAUAGGGUGUAGUGAGUGGGGGCGCCCGGGGGGUAGAUAUUAGGUAUAUCUCCCUCCCAUUCGCCAUAUAUUAUAAUAUAAUAAAUAUGUCACGUUGUGUCUGUCUGUAUAUAAUUACUAGAACCGUUUGUUUGGUUUGCCAUACAUAAACCAAUGUAAUAUAUUACAAUAAUUAUAUGAAUAAAACGAUAUUUUCGUUUAAAUAUCUAAGUCAAUCCAGUCUGCAAGAACACGUACUGACCAUGAGUACGCAUCGACUUCAACUGCCUAUCUGGUAGUAUGUUUGAGCCAUACUAACCGUUCUAGUAACUUGCUACAGCCUUUACGUAUCAUGUAGAUAAUAUACUGUGUAAUACCUAAGUUAGUAGUUGGAGAGAAUCCAUAUGCAGCAGCUGUGGUGAUACUACCAUCAUGUAAGCACCGUCCGCCAUUACCGGUGAUGUCGACACAACUUGCGCGCGCUCGGCGAUGCCCGUCAUUGAUCCCUCAUAAUCAGUCUCUUCAUAAAUGUUAUAUUGUGAUAGAUACCAUAUUAUAUUGUGAUAAAUACCAUAUUAUGUAAUCCAUGUUAAGUAGUUGAAUUCAUCUACGUUUGUGAAGAUUAAUCUCUUGUUCUUUUGCUAAACAAAUAUCAAAAAGUAAUAUUCUUUAUGUAGCUACUACGCAGACGUAAAAAACACAUAUUACCUACCAAAAGUAUCUGGGAACUGGUUGCCUGUUUGUUACGAAGUUGUCAGAGCCGGGCCUCGCUGGUACGGUGUAACAUUUACUAUGUAUCGUGUACUAUGUACAGCAGGGGUGCUCAAGCUUGAACUGCUGGCGAUCUAUCUCAAAAUUGUUAGACUACGAUCGACUCAGAGAGGCUGCAAGUAUGUAUGAUAAAGGAUUGCAGUCUAGGUGUCUGUUAAGGAGUGUCAUGAUGACAAUCUAUAUAUUCGUUUUGCGCACGCAUGCAUAUGCAUUUUUUUUGUCAAGGUAAGACUAGGUCUGCUCUAAAAUGUCAAUGAAAAAAGUCAUAAUUAGUCAAUAUUGUGAGUUUAUUAGUUCUUACAAAACAAACGCGUUCUAGUGUCUAAAGUUCUAAACUUAACUAAAGAGUGACUUUGGAUAUUAAAACUGCAUGACACUUCAUGUCCUGAGCAUACUUUUUAUAAGAUGGUACGUAAUUACCGAUUUUAGUUACUAAAUCUGUGAAUAGUUCUAUAUCGGAUUUUUUUUUUGACCGUUUGAGUACCCCUGGUUUACGGUAGGUAUACAGCGUGCGCACUCAGUGUCUACGUCAGCGCGGCGCAACGGUGGAUCUCUGUAAAGUAUGAUGUCAAAUGUCGGAAUACUUAUUUUGUAAAUAGCUUAGAAGUAAGCAAGCUCAAUAAUAAACAUAAUGUGCAGCAAUA